AUGGCUCAGCGCCCUGCCACCCCUCGCGCCUGGUCUCGCCUGCUGGUCUUACUCUCCUUGGCUGCUCUCUGGAGCUGCCUGCGGGCGCGCUUCGCAGCUGAGGCAGACCCCAAAGACCCGGAGGCAGAGGCGGAGAUGGUGGUUUUCCCAGAGUCGCCCUGGCAGAGACCCACGGUGUUCGUGACCAUCCUGGCCCGCAACGCUGCGCACACGCUGCCUCAUUUCUUGGGCUGCUUGGAGCGGCUGGACUAUCCUAAGGACAGGAUGGCCAUCUGGGCAGCCACAGACCAUAACAUUGAUAAUACAACAGAAAUUCUCAGAGAGUGGCUGAAGAAUGUGCAAAAAUUAUACCACUAUGUGGAGUGGAGACCUAUGGAUGAUCCUCAGUCUUACCCUGAUGAAAUUGGACCAAAGCACUGGCCGGGAUCCCGAUUUACCCAUGUGAUGAAACUCCGGCAGGCUGCCCUUCGAACUGCGAGGGAAAAAUGGUCAGACUACAUUCUGUUUAUAGAUGUCGACAACUUCUUGACUAAUCCACAGACCCUCAAUCUGAUGAUCUCCGAGAACAAGACUAUAGUGGCCCCCAUGUUGGAAUCUCGAAGCCUCUACUCUAAUUUCUGGUGUGGAAUCACACCCCAGGGCUACUAUAAACGGACCCCAGACUACAUUCAGAUUAGGGAAUGGAAGAGAAGAGGCUGCUUUCCUGUUCCCAUGGUCCAUUCCACAUUCCUCAUUGACCUCAGGAAAGAGGCCUCCCAGAAGCUGAUGUUUUUUCCCCCACACCAGGACUAUUCCUGGACUUUUGAUGACAUCAUUGUCUUUGCCUUCUCCAGUAGGCAAGCAGGUAUUCAGAUGUAUCUUUGCAACAGAGAACAUUAUGGCUACCUGCCCAUCCCACUGAAGCCACACCAGACCCUGCAAGAGGACAUUGAGAACCUCGUCCACGUCCAAAUAGAGGCAAUGAGUAAUUACAUUGGCCGGAAGAGAAUGCAAGUGCAAGAACCAGAGAAGGCUGUGCCCAAUGUCAUGAAUCUGGUCGAGGCUGAUUACUCGUACUGGACACUGGGCUAUGUCAUCUCCUUGGAAGGAGCUCAGAAGCUGGUUGGAGCUGAUCCUUUUGGGAAAAUGCUGCCCGUAGAUGAGUUUCUGCCUGUUAUGUACAACAAACAUCCUGUUGCGAAAUACAUGGAGUACUACGAGCCUCGGGAUCUCAAAGCUUUCUCAGCUGAACCCUUACUCAUCUAUCCCACCCAUUACACGGGGCAGCCCGGUUACCUGAGCGACACAGAGACGUCCACCAUCUGGGACAAUGAGACCGUGUCCACUGACUGGGACAGGAAGCACUCUUGGAAGUCUCGGAAGCAGGAACACAUCCAGAGCAACGCCCAGAACACAGAUGCUUUGCCCCCCACCACUUCCCUGGACACCGCACCCUCAAGGGAUGAGUUAUGAUGGGACUCGUGGCUCUGUCUACAACCGGACCUGCCUCUCCGCUCUUUGGUUGUCUUUAGAGAUCAUCCUCCAGUUCUCUUUAUUUUUUAUUUCAUUGCCACUCUCAGAAAUCAACUUGAUUUGCCUCGUCUGAAAGUAGUAAAUUAUUAGAAGGGGGAGGCAAUGAAGGUAAUUUAAGUAGAAGGCUCUAGGAAGAUGGAAAGAUAGGCUUUUUUUUUUUAACAUUAAGGUAUUUUUCAGUUUGGUUUGGUCAGACACUUGGGUUCAUCCCCUUUAUGAAGUAGCGGCUCAUGCGAAGGUCAGGACCUAAAGCUGAGUGAUCUGGAUCACUAGGAGCUAAUCCCCAGGCGAUCAGGGGACCCAGGAAUGAGCUGUAGAGAAAAUAGCAACAACUGGACAUCAAGCCGCAAUGCGGUUGUGUUAUGGUUAUGGGCAUGCAUCACUUUAUGCAGUCUCCCAUGCUGAAAACUACGUCUAGUUCAAAUUAUUUUUUUAGUUGAAUUAUCACUUAAAUGCAGUAGUGCGAUAUCUAGGGGAAUCCUGCUCAGCCUUCUUUUGGAAAACAAAAAUAACUGUUGCAAGGACAGAGAAACCGUUUUUCUUUUGGGUGACCCUAAAUUGCCAUGUAUCAUCUUUGUGAAAGCGAGGUAUCCAGGCAUUUGGGUUCAUUUGAGAGCCCAGUAGAAUUAGUGUUUUAUGCUUUCUAUUCUGGGCUUGGAACUUGACCCUCAUGACACUCCAGAACCCCAAGGGGACUAUUCCCGACAACUGUCCCAAGUCCCAUGACAUCAUCUAAAUGUUUUCUGAGUUUACGUCAGUUAUUUUGGAGUUAUCUUUUUAAAAAAUGCUCUGUCUUUUGCCUUUCUCCUUAUGAUCACUGCAGUUAGGGUGCUCCAUGUAUUAUGAUACAUUUAAUAUGUAAGGGACUAUGAUGGUUGUGUAGUCCAACUCCUGCCCAGAGUUUUCCUAGAACUACUGUAGUAUUUCCAUUCUCUCCUCCAAUCUCUGUUUCACAAAAGAAGCUUUAGAUGUGAGAUUUUAUCCAGACAUCCAGAAACAGGCAGAGGUUGAGGGGGGAAGGAGAAAGGAAGACAGAAAAAAUAAUAAUAAAAGGGAAGGAAAAAGAGAAAGGAACAAAAAAGGAGAUGGAAAGAAAGAGAAGGGACAAAGAAGGAAGGAAAGAGACAAUGGGGUGGAGGGGGGCAUAUUUCCAGACCAAGAAAUGUCUUUUCUGUGGAUAAUUCACUAUAUUUUAAGUAUUCCUCUUCUAAAAAGUCUUUAAAAAUAUAUGAUGGCUUUGGAGUGCUUGGGUUCUGACUUUGUCAUUUUGGUACCCAUCAUUCCUCAAAUUCCCAGCACACUCCUCUAAGGACCUGCUCUUCUGGGAAUUCUAGCCACCAAAAGAGCAAACAGCAAGCCUGUCUUUUGGGUGACCUCAAAUGGUCACACAUCAUCUCUGUUAAACUGAAAUUUGUUCCCUUGGCGCAUGGGUAGCACCUCCCAGACACAAACAAGAAGCCAUAACUAGAGAUACCGAGUUGUCUUAACAAACAAAGAAACUAUUGGCUAAUGAGAUAGAAAGAUCCUGUUCUCUCUCACCAUUUCUUACCAAACUCUGGGACAUAUUGAGUAAAAUCUCCACGAAGACUCAGUUUUCAUCUUUUUUCUCUUACUGACUUUAUAUGAAAAAUAAGAUGCUAGAAUUAAAUAAUGGCUGAAGCCUUUCUCAGUUCUAACAUUUUAUGAUUCUGUAAGCUAUUGGCCUAAGCUUAAAUUUUAGGUUCCAUGGUCAAAAAAAAAAGUGCCUUCUGAAACAGUUUCCCUGCAGUAUAAAUCCUGCUUUCAGGGGUAUUGGCUGCGUCCAUGCAGAUAGCCAUCAUUUUGCCUUUCACCUUUUGGAGUGAAAGAGGAGUCCUUUAUAGUAGCUCAGGCUAGAGCAGUGAUUCCCAAAGUGGGCGCCACUGCCCCCUGGUGGG